AUGUGUGAUAGACAAGGACAAAGAUUGGGACAGGGAGAGGAUCAGAGACAAAGGACUACAAGGAAAUUGUUCAACGGCAGCAAUUUAGGAACAACAGCAAUGCUGGUAAACUUAUUAGCGAAAUGCACGAAGUCAACAAACGGACAGGCGGCAGUCCUCGAAAAGGAAAAGAUAUCGGAGAAUAGGGGGAGGGUCAUCCCACAAAAACAACGAGCUAAACGUCACAACAAGAAACAUCCACAACUGCAGCAACAACACCACCAGCAGCUGCAGGAGCACCAUAAUCAGCGCCAGGAACAAGGACGUCAAAUGGCGAUGGGGACAAAUGAAGAGGCGGCGGCUGCCACGGAGCACGAACAGCAGACCAAGCUGGCGGACACCGAAUGCAAAGGCAAACACAAACACCGACGAAAUCGCAAUUAUGUUGCCGGCGUGCAACAGCAUGUCCUGCGGUUGCAGUCGGUCCUGUUUUCCCUGUUCCCGGUUGUCCUGCUGCUGUCUCCGGGCAUCGCAGCCUCGAUGACACCUUCGGCCAGGAUCUCCAGUGCCCAAGGUGUGGCACGUGAGCUUCUCUUCUCGGAAAUGGGUGGAGGCGCAGGCGGCAGUGAAUUUGGAGCCGGAGCAGGAGUCGGAGCAACAGCCUCAUUGGGCGUUGUCCCUGGUCUAGGUCUCAGCGGGGGUGGUGUAGGCGGAGCGGCUGGUAUCGAGUGCCCCAGUUUUGACAACACCGCCUGUCCCUGCUACAAAUUCGAGGAUGGACUAUUCCUGGAGUGUCCCGGCACGACGGCGAUAUCACUGCGUUCGACCCUCGAGCGAAUAUCGGCGCCGAUCCACUCGCUGUCCAUCUACGACUUCGACCGCUCCGUGACGUCCCUCUCGCAGGACGUAUUCCAGCAGGGCACCCACAUCCGCCACCUGCAGUUCUCCCACUCGCACCUGGAGGCGCUCAAGGACAACAGUCUGCGCAAUGUCCGCUCGAGUCUGGAGUCCCUCAGCAUUGUCAAUGGCAAACUAGCGCAGAUGCCGUCACGCGCCUUGAGUUCGAUGCAGAAGCUGACGGCCUUGGACUUCGACUAUAACGAGAUCGUGCGAGUAGAGGACUACAGCUUCUAUGGACUGCGGCUUUCCAAACUUAAUCUCAAGGGAAAUCGGCUGCAAGGAAUGCCGGAGCACGCCUUCGCCGGACUGGAGGAAUGCAUGCAGGAGAUAGACGUGUCGGAGAACGGACUGCGCACCUUUCCGCUGAUGGCUCUCCGGAAACUAGACCACUUGCGCAUUUUGCGGCUCUCAAACAACAGGAUUUCCACCUUCUACGGGGACAUUCAGUUGGCCACCAAUAAUGCUUCGGCGGCGGCGGCGGCAGCAACUGCGUUCCAGCUGCCAUCCCUAAUUUUCCUGGACCUGAGCUCCAAUCAGUUUGCCGAGAUCGGAGACGACUGUUUCAGGGCAUUUCCCCAACUGAAAACACUCUCGUUUUACGCCAAUCAAAUAGAGUUGGUCCAGCCGGAGGCUUUCAAGAGCCUGCGUGAACUAAUGUCCCUGGACAUGUCGCACAACAGGAUAAUAACAUUGGAUCCUAAGGUUUUUGAAAGGAAUAAGAGACUUCAAACGGUGGAUCUCAGCCACAAUCAUAUACACGCUAUAGGAGGCGUAUUCUCGGACUUGCCCCAGCUGAGGGAGGUCUUUCUGAGUGAAAACAAUAUUCUGGAGCUACCAGCAGAUGCGUUUACCAACUCCUCAAAUGUGGAUGUCAUUUAUCUAGAGUCUAACGCUAUAGCUCACGUAGACCCCAAUGUAUUUAGCACUUUGGUUAACCUCGAUCACCUGUAUUUAAGGUCGAACUUCAUACCUCUCUUACCCGUCACCCUGUUUGACAAGAGCACCAAGCUUACAUCCUUGUCCUUGGAUAAUAAUGAAAUCCAGGAUUUGGAGAUAGGCAUGUUCCGAAAGUUGGAGCACCUGCGUGAGGUGAGACUUCACAACAAUCGCAUCCGCCGGGUGAGGAAGGGCGUGUUUGAACCACUUCCUGCCCUUCAGGAGCUGCACAUCCAGAAGAACAGCAUUGAGGAUAUCGAGCCCCAAGCCUUUCACACUCUAGAAAAUAUGCAGCACAUUAAUCUCCAGGAUAACCAACUAACAGUGCUAGAAGACAUUUUUCCAGAAGACAACUCAUCUUUACUUUCUGUGCAGCUGGAGGCCAAUUACCUGCACAAAGUCCAUCCGCGCACAUUCCGCCGACAGCAAAAGGUGCAAAUCAUGUGGCUGAAAGACAAUCAGUUGACCAGAGUGGAAAAAUCAUUCUUCACCGAUACUCCGCAGCUGGGAAGAUUGUAUCUGAGCGACAACAGAAUCAGAGAUAUAGAAAAGGAGACGUUUGCCAACCUGUUAGUCCUGCAAUUUCUUGAUUUGAGUGGCAAUCAAUUGAAGCAACUAAGAAGGGAUUAUUUCGCACACCUCCUGGGCCUCGAGGAACUCAGUCUAUCUCGCAAUCACAUAGAGGCCAUCGAAGGGUAUGCCUUUGCCAAGCUGAAAAAUCUCAAGUCCUUGGACCUGUCCCAUAACCCGUUAGUGCAACUGACAAGCGAUGUGUUUUUGGAUGAACUACCCUUGAAUACUCUGAGCUUGGCCAAUUGCUCCCUGAGGAAACUGGAACAACAUGCCUUUAAGUCGCUGAUCAAUCUUUAUGAGCUAAAUCUGGAAAGAAACCAGCUGAAUACAGCGGAUAUUCAGAAGCUAGAUAUACCAAAUCUAAGAAGACUGCUGUUGAGUCAUAACAACUUCAGUCAUGACGGAUCUGGUGGCAUUAUGACAGGAAUUUUUGAUAGAUUGCGAUCUCUGCAGCAGCUCUCCAUGUCCAACUGCAGCUUGGGACAAAUUCCGGACUUACUCUUUGCCAAGAACACAAAUUUGGUAAGACUGGACCUGUGCAACAACAGGCUCUCCCAGAUGAAUCGCAACAUCUUUAGUGGCCUGAAUGUGUUCAAGGAACUGAAGCUUUGCAGAAACCAACUUACCGAGUUCCCGCACAUAGCUCUCUAUAACCUGAGCACUCUGGAAAGCCUAGACUUGGCUCGAAACCAAUUGUCCUCCAUAGAUUUCUUUAAACUUAGCGGAACCCUAAAUCUCAGACAACUUAUACUGCGGGAAAACAAGAUCACAGCCUUAAGCGGCUUUAAUGCCGUUAACCUAACUCAAUUGGAUAGUGUCGACCUGAGUGGAAACUUGCUACUCUCUUUGCCAGCCAAUUUCCUGCGUCACUCGAUAAAUUUGCAAAAGGUAGACCUGUCCAGUAAUCGAUUUCUGCAGAUACCCUCUUCAGCUUUGUCGGAUGUUUCAAUACCGCGUCUGUCUUGGCUAAACUUGACUGGCAACCCUAUUAAUAGGAUUUACACUGUCAAAGAGGAGAGGUAUCCCUACCUCAAGGAGCUAUAUAUCUGCCAGACAAACCUUUCCAUACUCACUUCAAAGGAUUUCGAAGCCUUUCAGGCAUUGCAGCACCUCCACUUGGUAAAUAACAGAAUAACCAGAAUUUCCCCGGGUGCCUUCAAGUCUCUAACCAAUCUGCUUACUCUGGACUUGAGUGUCAAUGAGCUGGAAAUGCUUCCCAAAGAACGUUUGCAGGGACUUCGACUGCUCCGCUUCCUCAAUAUUUCGCAUAACACCCUGAAGGAUCUGGAAGAGUUUAGUGCCGAUCUUUCGGAAAUGCAAACCCUGGAUCUGAGCUUUAACCAGCUGGAUCGGAUUUCAAAAAAGACCUUUAGAAACCUGCAUGGUCUGUUGGAGCUGCUGCUCAUGGGCAACCGGAUGACGGUCCUGUCGAACGACGCCUUCCGGUUUCUAAGGAAACUGCAUGUCUUGGAUCUUCGUAAAAAUUACUUUGAGCUGGUGCCUUUAGAUCCACUGAGGCCCCUGGAGACCAAUCUAAAAACGCUUAAACUAGAAGAGAAUCCACUGCAUUGCAGCUGUGAUGCCCAGAAGCUGUGGGAAUGGCUGCGGGAUCAUCGCAAAUGGUCGCUUUCUACGAGCCCCGGCGCAGGAGGAGGAGUCCGUGGGAUGGGUGGCGGGCCGAGUGGCGAUUCCAUUAAUUACCUAAGGUGCGAACACCCAACUGAGCUCCGGGGCAAGGUGUUUGGUCGGAUGGAGCCGCAACAGUUCUGCGACGCUCCGUUAAUACCCAAAAUGGCCAUCCAGGACAUCCAGCCUUACUCGGUAGUCGUGUCCUGGCAGAGCCGCGACCAUUUGGGCCUUAAUGGCUUCGAGAUUGUUUACCACGCCACCGGCGACGGGCUCGUUUCGGCCGGAUCUCCAACGGACCGUGAGCGGGAUAGUCACAGGGACAGGGGCCACGACCUCAUCAGGCAGCAGAAUCGGGAACAGGAUCCGCGGGCACGGGAACGGGAACGCGAGAGGGACCGGGACAGAGAGCGGUUCCCCGUCGCCACGGACGAGAUCCACGGCAAGCGGCUAAAUGGGACGGCCAGCUCGACAAAAUUAACCAAGUUGAGCCCGAAUACCCGCUAUCACAUUUGUGUCAUCGGUAGCGGUAAUUGGCUCUCAGAGCCGCUGGCGAACGCUCUGCAGCGGCUCCAUGCCAACGAGUCCGUGCGCGAGGAAGAGUCGGUGAUGAUGUCGGCGCCCUUGCCGGAGACCUUUUCGCCAUAUCAGCACCACCAUCAGCAGUACCGGAACGCCAAUGGAGCAAUGAUCCAGGACCAGAACCAGAAUCAGAACGCAGAACAGGACCAAGACAAUGCCAUCGGCAUGGACCAUGCCCUGAUAGAGGUGCUUAAGAACUCGCACAUUUCGGCCUGCACGGAUGUGCAAACCCUGGACUCCACGCCCAGUUUGGUCACCGACGAGAACGGACUUUCCAGCAAUGGGUUCAUACACUCCAUUCUGACCAGAAGAUUGGGCCUGAUUGUGGGCUGUUGCUUGGGCAUCAUAGUGUUCAUCGUUAUGAUCUCGGUUUUGAGCUAUGUGAAACUGAAGAAGCAGCGGAUUGAGAACGCCAAGCGGCAGGCUGCCCUGCCACCGGAGUAUAUAUCCUACAGACACUUCUCCAUACCAAACGAGGAGCUGACGAGGACCGCUGCAAAUGCAGGGGCAUCAGGGGCAGCGGCAGCAGCAGCUGUGGCAAAUACAAAUAAUUCGACCGACACUGGAAGCUCGUCGCACAUGUCCAGUGUGCCCAGUGGCAUUAGUGCUCAUAUAAGUGGGACCAGCCUAAGCACAGGUGGCACGGGCACCGGCACCACCACCACAACGGCCACUACGCCCAUCGGGAGCGUACCAAUUAUGGGGGUUACCUUGGGCAAGGCAUGCAGCCCCCUAGUGGGCGUGGGCUUGGUGGUCGCCGACUCCUCCCUGGACGGCGGACACGCCCAUAACCACAACCACGCCCAUGCCCACCGACAGAAUAACGGUUACAUGGCGGCGGGAGUGGUGCUAAAUACGAGCCACUUGAGCGUGUGUUAGUCUAACAAACAGCAGGGCUUAGUAAAUAAUUAAAGGUCUAAGUGCGAGUUGCGGGGUGCUGAAAAGUUUUUAAAAAUAUUAACUUAAUUCCUCUAAAAACUUGAAUUAGUUUCGUAUUCUCCGUGUUGAGCCCUAAAGAGUCCACACAUGGCUUUUGUGUCUUAUAAACAGUUUCUAUUUAAGUAAUAGCACUCUUUGCUUUAUUUUUUAAUCGUAGUCCCACUAAAAUGUUGCCAGGACUAGGCAAUCAGCAAUGUUUAUAGUAAAACUCAGUUAAAUAGAUGCAAGAAUAAAAAUGCUGAGUUUUCAAAUUUGAAAACUUAAACAUUCUUAAAGCCGCGUUAAGGCUUUUGACAUUUUUAGAGGUGUGUUUGCUUUAGAAAACAUUAAAUUCCCGCAAGCACAGCGUUAAUGUUAAGCUCAACCGAAAAUAAUCGCGGGCUCAGUCGAGAAUAAAUGAGUUUUCAGAGGAUCUACCGAAUGUGUGGACUAAAUUUUUGGCAUUCAGCAACAAAAUCCGUUAAUAAUUAAUUGGAUGGCGAGGUAUAUUGGAUUUUUAAGUGAAUUCAUCCACUUCAGCACCCCAUCAAAUCAAAGCUGCAAUCCCAAAAAAGAAGUGCAAAAUCCCGCAUAUUUCAUAUUUCAAUUGAAGUCAACACUUUUAUCCAUCAGACCGAAUGCAAAAGCAUUUCUUGCGCCCAAAUGCAUUUAAAUUACAAAAGCAAAACAAACAAAAAGCGAAACACAAAAAUAAACCAUGAAGCCCAUAAAAAGGAAUGAUAAGGGAAGAAAAAGGAAAAAUUAGGUUAGUGAUAAUCUCGAUGAUGCGUUCAACGUUCGUUUAGUUAUGACAAUUGAAAGUAGAGCAGUAUGCUAGAGUCGGAAGGCAUCGCGGAAUUUUCAAUGUAAAUAAAGUGGAAUCAAUGCGAAAUCUCAGCCGAAAAUGUUGCAUCUAAAUCAAAUUAAGGUUCCCCCAUAAAGCUAUUUAUAAGAACUACACGGACUUGGCUAUAUAUAUAUAUAUACUCAAUGGAACUGUAUUGGAGAGCACACACGCAGACAAUUUUUUUUAACUAGACGUAGUGAAAGGAUAAUGUAUGAGUGGAUUUUUUUUUGUUUUUUUUUUUUAACCGAACGCUGAGAAAUCAAAAACGAAAUAUUUAUAGAAUUCGGUAUGAAAGUGGCGGGACAUAUUACCAAAAGUAACUAACUAAUCAUAUAAACAUAAACAAUAAAACUAACUAGAGUAAGUGCGGAUUGUUAGCAAAACUCAAAGAGUUUCAUAUACAUAUACAUACAUAGACGACCAUUUUUUUUUUCAUAGUUAACUAUAUCGUUUUCCUUUUAUUCGAUUCGGAAACGAGUUAAGCUUUAGUCGAGAAUGGAAAUACACGGAAUUAAUUACUUUAGCAAAUAAAUUACGCAUAAUAACAGAGGCAAGUGCAGAAACCAAUCCAAAAUAAUAAUAAGAAUAGAAUGGCUAAAGAUUUUCUAGAAAAUUAAGAGAAAUGAAAUCAAAUCAAACCCACACAAACACACAUUCACACAGAACUCACGGCCGAAUCAAAGAUCCUCUCUACUCCUUUUCUCCCUGUGUACGGCUCUGUGUGUCUGGGCUUCUCAAAUAUUUUAAUAUUGUUAUAUGCAAAACACAACAACAACAACAACAACUAUAGUAUGCAUGUUAACCUAAGAAGCGAACAAUAACAAUGGCCAGAGGAGUAGGAACGCAAAAUGCAAAUCAAAAUCAAAAGUCGAACUUAAGACAAAAUAAAACCAACAGAAAAACAAGGCAAGAACAUCCAAACAAAAAAUAUGGAUAACAUUAAACAAAGCUUUGUAAUGCUCUACGGAAAGCCAAAAUUAUGCAUUCGCUGCCAUGCCAAAACCAUUUUCUUACAUUCAAGUUCAAUUGUAGGACAUAAAGAGCAAGAACACAAAAUACACACCCAAUGCAGACGUAAAAAAAUAUACAAGCAUACAGCAAACCUACAUUAAAUGUAACAAAAUAAAACCAAAAAAAUAUAUGAUAUGGCGAGCAACACAAAGUAAAAUAUUAAUAAAUGACAAGAAACUUUCAAGCAAAA